AUGGUACGACAAUAUUAUAAUAAGGUUGAUGUUGAUGCCUUGAAAGAAACCUUAGAGUCUUGCUUGAAAUAUAUUUAUGAGGAAUAUUGUGCUUGGUUUAUGUCUUCUCAAAGUAAUCCACGCGAGCUGCAAGUUUUUGGUAAUGUUAGGCAUCCAUACGAAACUGCUGAGUUUUAUCUUUCAGAAGGGUAUAACAAUGCAGAUAAUGAGUUAACCACUUAUCUUAGAGAGAAGUUAGAGCAUAACAUGGAGAUAAAUAUUCUCGAGUGGUGGAAAGUAAAUUUUGGUCGUUAUCCCAUCCUUGCAAAUAUUGCAAGAGACGUGCUUGCUAUACCAAUAAACACAGUGACGCCUAAAUCUGCAUUUAGCAUAGGAGAAAGGAUUUUGAUAUUUUUGAGAGAUUUGGAAUUACUUUAUACGGAAGAUGGUUCUAGUUGUUCAACUUCUUCAACCUCUGUUGCACUCGAAGAGGACUUAACGCAUUAA